CAUCAAAACAUGGCGUCUGUGGCAAGUAACAACUGUUCGCGUCUUCUUUAAAAGACCCACACAAAAGCGUAAAAAUACAACAAUUUCGUAAACGCAACCUUUUGGUUUUGUCGCUACUUUUGACCGUACGUCCACCACGGACACAUACUGUUAUCUUGUUCGUAGACCAGGCGUAAGUAAAUUAGCUUGCGAGCUAAACGAAGAGUGUCGGACAAGCGAGUAUCCCUGCCUAAACAUGUGCAAAGUCCAAAAGCUGAGAGCGUUGGUGAAUCAGCGACUAGCUGCUGCUGUUCAGGACAUUUUUGUAGAGUUUGAAAGAACCCUAGCAGAGUACGAUGAGGAACUUUCUCGAACGAAAGAGGAAAUGGAGCGACAGCGUCAACUCCUGGACGCCGUUUUCCAUCCGGAAGUCCGUGUACAAAACGCAGACGUCCUGCAGAGUCAAGAGAUGAUGAGCUCAGGGGUGGAGCCGGAGGUGGAGCCCCCCCUCGUGAAAGAGGAAGAGCAGGAAGUUGAUGUGGAAAAGUUUCACGUGAAGAGUGAAGAAGAUGAUAAAGAGCGAGUGGAGUGGUCACAGCUUCAUCAAAGUGAGGCGGUAACGAGUCGUCACGGUGAUGAUGGAGGAAGACACGAAAGCGCCACUCAGGUUGUUCAGCCUAACGGGGACACGAUGGUAGCCUUUGUUCGCGGAAAAACGGACGAAAGUGACAAGAGCGACGUCGAAAGUGCGAGCCUUAAUCCCAACAACGGGCUUUUCAAAUGCCACGACUGCGGAAAAACCUAUAGUCGGCUCUCGGACCUGAAAAGACACAGCCAAUGUCACGCGGGAGACCGGCCGUUCAGCUGCGCCUUUUGCAGCUACCGAUUCCAAACGCGCUCGCUGUUGGAGCGGCACACCCGCUGUCACACCGGGGAGAAACCUUACAGCUGCUCGCUCUGCGACUCCACCUUCAGCCGGCGCUCGGGGCUGCAGGAUCACAUGAGGAUCCACACGGGGGAGAAGCCCUUCUCGUGUUUGCUGUGCCACAGCCGCUUCACCAAGCGCUACACGCUGGUGCUGCACAUGAGGACCCACACCGGCGAGAAGCCCUUCGUCUGUCGGUUCUGCGGCAAGGCCUUUUCUCAGCAGGGGGUCAUGAGAAUACACAUGCGCAUACACACCGGGGAGAAGCCGUUCGGCUGCGACGCGUGCGAUAGGCGGUUUGCGAGGAAAUACCAGCUGGAAAGACAUCACUGUGUUGGUCGGAGAAGCGACGCUGAACUUUGGAUUCCUGUCACCUCACACACUUCGAGUAGUUGAAUUAAUGGUGGAGAAGUCAAUCGCUUUUUUCAUGUCUUCCUGGCGAUUGAACCACUGACCAUUACGAGUCAAUCCACUCCAGGGCAUCUCUACCAAUGCUGUGACUGAAUAAUGGGUUUUCAGUUCUUACUGUAAAGCGCUUCGAGUGUCUAGAAAAACACUACGUAGAUCUAAUCCAUUAUUAUAGUACUUCUAUAUACUUCAUCUAACACACUUUCUGACAUGUUUUAAAUCAGUUAUAGGUAUCGAGUGAAAUUACUGACACAACCCCACAAACAAGUUGUUACUCUAGCCCAACAAUUUGCAGGUAUAAAAAACAUUUUAUGCAAGCAAAAAAAUUAUUCGCAAGUAAAAAAAAUUAACAAAAAUUUGUAGUAUAAAAACUAUUUUCUGCAAGCACAAAUAUGAUUUACAAGUAAAAAAAAAAUUUCUGCAAAUAAAAAAGAAAAAAUGUUCUGAAGGUAAAAAAAACUAUUCGUAAUAUAAAAGCACAUUUUUACAAGUAAAAAAAAACUAUUCAUAAUAUAAAAAGUUUUCUGCAAGUAAACAUACGAUCUACAUUUAUAAAAAAACCCACAUUUUUUCUGCAAGUAAAAAUACAGUUUCCAAGUAUAACAAUUUUUUUUCAGCAACUAAAAAUAAGAUUCGUAGGUAUAAAAAAACUGUUUUUUGCAAGUAAAGAAAACAAAUUUUGCAAGUAAAAAAAACAAUUCACAGGUAUAAAGAACAUUUUUCUGCAUUUAAAAAAAUAUUUGCAAGUGAAACAAUUUUCUGCAAGUGAAAAAAGUAUACAAAACUAUUUUCUGCAAGUUAAACGAUUUGCAAGAAUUAAAAACAAUUUUUUGCAAGUAAAAAAAAUUUGUAGGUAUAAAAAUUUUUUUUAAAAUUCUGCAAGUAAAAAAAAAUAUUUUAUGUAAGUAAAAAUAUGUUUUACAAGUAUAAAAAACAUUUUCUGCAAGUAAAAAAGAAACAAUUUUCUGAAAGUAAAAAAAAAAAUCGUAACAUAAAAACUGAUUUAUGCAAGUAAAAAAAACGGUUCGUAAUAUAAAAAAAAAUUCCUGCAAGUAGAAAUACGAUUUACAAGUAUAAAAAAUAUUUUUCUGCAAGUAAAAAUAAGAUUUGGAAGUAAAACAAUUAUUCACAAGUAUACAGAACUAUUUUCUGCAAGUUAAUAAACGAUUUGCAGGUAUAAAAGUAAAAAAAACUUUGCAAUAUCAAAUAUUUUCUACAAAUAAAAAUAUGAUUUGCAAGUAUAAAUAUUUUUCUGCAAGUACAAAAACGAUUUGCAAGUAGGAAAACACUUUUGAAAGUAAAAAACGAUUUGCAAGUGUACAAAACUUUUCUGCAAGUGAAAAAAAGAUCAGGAGGUAUUAAAAUGUUUGGCAAGUUAAAAAAGAUUCUCAAGUAUAAAAACAGUUUAUGCCAAGUAAAAACUAUUCUAAGUAUAAAAACAUUAACUUACAGGUUGAGCUUGUUCCCCCUCUCUUAUGCCUGCCAUUUAACUUUUUCUUAUUCUUUGUUAUUUUUGGUGGACGGAACCAUGCGCAAAAAAAAGGCGCUCUGACGGCCUUAAAUUGACCCAGCAGCACCACCUGUCAUUUUAGAGUGCUAAUUACAGGUGCUCUGAGUGCAAGUGCGUGGAUCGCGCAGGGUGGAAUAAUCAGUGUUGGGACUAACGCGUUACUUUGUAACGUCGUUAUUUUUGGCGGUAACUAGUAGUCUAAUGCGUUAUUUUUUAUAUUCAGUAACUGAGUUACUGUUAAUACAUGAUGCGUUACUGCGUUAUUUUAUGUUAUUUUUUGUAUAGUAUCGGCUAGAAACUGAGAAGAUCUGAGUGUGUGCCGAGUUUCUUAACAUGGAGAUAUUCUCACUACUUUUCUUUUUUCCAGCACAAAGAAAAGAACAUUUUAGUUAAAUGUAAGUUGUGUCUUGGAUCAAAGAUCCCAUCUACUGCCCAAAACAGCAAUUCAAAUCUGCUGAAACAGCUACAAAAGCAACAUGCUUCGACGAAGCUAGUAAAAAGAGACACACUUCACCUAAGGAUUUUAACGGAGGGACUGCUAGCCAGGACAACAUUGAUAGAGCCAUUGCAGCGUAUGUGCUAGAAGACAUGUUGGCUAUUUCUACAGUGGAGUAAGCUUUCAGGCAGCUAUUAGCAUGAUAGCGGCGUCAAAUGGCACAGAGAACAUUUUCCAAGUUCCUGGACACAGUGGACAGUGAGCACAUAAACAUGGAAAGCGAGCUAAAGAAAACACUCCAAACUCUGCCUCUGCUCAUCAUUCAGCACUAAAGGUACCGGUACACACACUCUGUCAGUUAUCUUAUAUACUCUUUCAUUCUCGACUUCUAGAGUGUUUGAUUAUCACAUCACUCUAAAUGUAUAGACUAUAAAGUUCACAAACAUAAAGAGGGAUCCUAGUGGGCCAGGCCAAUCUUUCUUUUUCUCUAAACUAAAACUUGGGAAAUGCUUAGGGUGUUCUGGGCUUAACUGAAGACAUGAUUUUAUUUCACAAUUCCUUGAGAGACAAAAACGCCUGGUUAGGCUUUGUGUGUAUAGCAGUAUGUGUGCUAUAUAUAGUGACAUGACAUAUAAUCAUGUCAUGUGUGCCUUCCUUGGGUGAAGCCAGGUUUACAGCUAUUUUGUGACAUGUUGUUACUAUGCUGAUUGUUACUUAUGUAUGUUAUGUUGCAGCCAUUUAAAAUCGUUUUGUCAAUUUGUUCUGGCCCAAAUUAAAUUGUCCCUUUUGAAACAUAUCUUUGUCUUUGUGUGUUGUAUGUAGACCACAUUGCUUAGCAGAGUUCAGUGAUGCAAAUGCAUGUCAAGUUGAUCAAAAGAUUGUAUUAUUCUUCAGUGCAAUAACAGUACUGAAAUGAAGGCUAAAAGGGCAUUAAUGGGAGCCUUAAAAAAAAAAGUAACUAGUUACUUUUCACAGUAACGCAUUACUUUUUGGUGUAAGUAACUGACUUAGUAACUGAGUUACUUUUUAAAUAAAAUAAUUAGUAACUGUAACUAGUUACUGGUUUUCAGUAACUAGCCCAACACUGGGAAUAAUGCUGCCAAAAGCGUGGAAUUCUACUGCCAAUAUUUUGACUUAAAGAAAAUUGUUUUUAUACUUGCAAAUAGGUUUUUUUGGGCCUGUGAGUUUUGGCAGUAGUUUCAUUCCAUACAUGUGUCAAAACAUCUUGCCCCCCACCUCGUUUUAAGUGGCCCAUGCCAAUAAAGUACUUUUGUUACUUAAUGCAUUUGUUCUUCCUAUUUUGUCACAAAAAAUACA